AUGCAGCCGCUUGGCAGCGUGGGCUUGUGGCACCACAACGUCACUUUCGCUCAAGUCCGGCGCGCACCGCCCGCCUGUCCCUUAGGCUUCGUCAGUGCCCUGGUCGACUUCAACCAGUUCAAUGUUAAGGAAAACGCUUUCAGAUAUCUCUCCCGUGCCGCCAGCGUGGAACGAUACUAUCAUGCGAGUCCCGAGCCCCGUAUUGUCGAUGUGGAUCUAUGUGUGUGGGCCGCGUCUUCGCCUUCGCUUCGUCUAUUGUAUCUGCGCGUCGGACACCCGGCGAGGGUCUGGAGGGGCCCAUCCAGCCAGAAAUUCGAGGGUGGCUAUCGGGGUGUGUGGGAUGUCAUGUCAGGUGGGCCGCGCCGAGUCGAUGGCUGGCGGACGGACGACGGACGAGCCGUCUCCCCGCGCCCGUCCUUCUGUAUGCGACUCCUCAUUGAAGAAGGCCUCGAGUCGUCGAGUCCUUCGACGCGCGGGGUCGAGGAUCCCUCGGAGCGGGGCUUCGCGGCGAGGCAGGAGGUGGGCUUUUCGGGGACGGGCUGACCUCAUGAUCCAGUGCAGGACAUGCCGUGCUGGCCACGCAGAAUGAAGAGGUGGACCUGGCGGUGAGUAGGCGUGCGCGGCGUCGACGAGGGGGCAGGUGGGCAGGUCUCAGCUGAGUCGACGGUACGUACAUCGUAUAGCCGCCCGCUCUCGUGGCCACCGCAGGCUGGGCUUCUUGCUGGGGCACAAAGCGCUCACAUGCGAUGGCGUAGUUGCAUGAUCGAUCCGACACAAGCUACUUAGCCUCGAGGGGGCACAGUCGACUCGUGGCCCCCGGACCGAUGCGCAACGAGUGUGAACAUGCCUCAAAGCCUAUCCUGGUCGAUCGGGCCCACCAGGAGGAACAACGCCUUGAUGUCAUCUACUGACAAUGCUGAUGCCGACGUCAGCAUGGGUAGUAAAGACUAGGUACGUGUGUGUCAUGGGUCAUGAGCACCCUGAGGACGACACGAUCCAAAGUGUCGUGCUGGUCUCGGGGAAACAUUGAAGAGAGUGGAGAUCUGCGGAGAGCGGGACACGGAGCUCAGUCGACCGUCUACAAUGGCGAACGACUGAAUUACGGCCAAAUUCAUACAGGGUCUUGCAUAAUUUUCGAGAGAGUUGCAUCGGAGAAAAACCGGGUUCCUGAACCAAGACUUGCCUAACUGGGCACCAUGGGCCGGGAUGAUCGGCAAAACCUUGUCACACUCUCAUGGCUCAGGGCUAUUGCUUUGAGCACAUUGUGUGCUCACCUUUUUGUAGUACUUUAUUCAACUUUACCAUGUCUACACCUAUUCAUUAUUGAAUUUGAGAGCUAAUUAUUGACUGGC